GGUCGAGGCGGAGCUUACCAGCAAUCAUACGGACCCCCUUCUACUGUAUUCGAGAUGGGCAAAUUCGUGCAUGCGUGCGAGGGCGAGAUCGUGUGCGAGUCGAUCAAUGUCAAGAUCCCGUAUUUUAAUGCGCCGAUUUACCUUGAGAACAAGACACCGAUCGGAAAAGUCGACGAGAUCCUAGGACCGCUCAACAAGGUCUACUUCACUAUCAAACCGCAGGAAGGCAUCCAAGCCGAGUCAUUCAAGAAUGGAGACAAGUUCUUUAUUGGUGGGGAUAAGCUGUUGCCGUUGGACAAGUUCUUGCCGAAGCCUAAGCCCCCACCAGGAGCACCAAAACCAAAGCGUGCCGGUGGUGGUCGCGGAGGAGCUGGCGGUGCACGAGGAGGAUUCUCACGCGGACGAGGCGCACCACGAGGACGAGGAGGCUUCGGCGAUCGGGGUGGCAGGGGCGGUUCCAGAGGCUUUGGCGGAGGACGAGGCGGAGGGUUCCAGUCUUCACGUGGUGCUCCCAGGGGAGGUAGCAGAGGGUUCACUCCUAGGGGACGAGGA